AUAUGUGGAGAUUUACUAUUCAUAAAAGGAACAAAUACUUGUUUGAAAGAGAGUAAUUUCAUAGAGAAUAUCGCUGAACACACAUGGCAAGAGGCAGUAUUAAAUGAAGAAUAUCUGCAAUUGCAUAUUAACAAUCUAGAAUUUAUGAAAAAUGUGCAUGUUACAUUAUAUGUAGCUAAUAAGACAUUGCACAAUAUAAAGUACCAUCCAGAUAUUCCUCACAAUGAGAGAACAUCAGAUUAUCGAGAUAUAUUAAUGUUAUGUGAACAUGCCAUUCUGUGUUUGAUUGAUCCUAGUAAAAAGGCUUUUGUAUACAUGGAGGAUAAUCUAUCGAUUACUAUACAAAAGCAUUUGUUGCAAGGAUUCGUAUAUCACUUUGAUUUUGAAAGCGAUACUAAAGAUUAUUAUUCUGCUUUAUUGAUCCUAAACAAAUGGGCCAAGCCAUUGAUCAGGCAUUCAGAUACAACAAUAUUGCGUGCAAUUUCCUCUAUACUAAGAUGCAGUAUCUAUGAUAUUUUAAUUUUAUCCCAUUGUUCAGAUAACAAUAUCCUGUAAAAAAAGAAUAUAUAUAUAUAUAUAUACAUACAUAUA